GGGGCGCUGCUGCAAGAACUUUGGUAAACAGAAGCUUGGUCUUUGCGGUGUGCUUUAUUUAGACACAGAAAAUGGGGGAAGCAGAAGCUAUACCUGCCGAUGAAAAACAAGCGGAUUCCGGGUCCAGUCCAAUUGAAGAAUCGGUGAUUUGGAGUCAGGAGGUUGAGGUGUGCCUGUUUCAUGCCAUGCUUGGCCACAAACCCGUAGGUGUAAAUCGUCAUUUCCACAUGAUCUGUAUUCGGGAUAAAUUCAGCCAGAAUAUUGGGCGCCAGGUGCCCUCUAAAGUCAUCUGGGAUCACUUGGCGACAAUGUACGACAUGCAGGCGCUGCAUGAAUCGGAAAUCUUGCCUUUCCCCAAUUCAGAGAAAAGUUUUAUUCUUCCAGAUGAUAUCAUUCAGGAAGUAAAAGAAGGAAAAGUUGGAAUUGAAGAAGAAACAAGAGAGGAGAUCAAAGAAGAAAUUGAACAGCCAGCAUUAGUAGAAGAAGGGAGCAACUGCUCUGUGAAACUGGCAGAAAAGGCCAGCAGCAAAGAAAAGGAGAAAGACAGAGAGAAGGGUUCAAGUGAGAAUGCAGCGAAGGAGGCUGCAGACAAGCGGAAGCGGAACAGAGUGACUGAGAAAGUGUCGAGCGCAAACAGUAACCCCUCCAGCCCGAGCGGGGCCAAGCGGCGCAGGACGUGACAUGAACGCCACCAAACAGCAGCCGCUGAAGGGAGCCACGCUUCUUGAAGAAAGCAGGGAGUGAAAUAACGCAGGAGGGAAACUGGAUACCAUUCCAACAUCUAAUCUGAAGCUGAGGAUCUGUUUGCUUGUUUGUAGAAGUUACCUAAGAUCUAUCCACGUAGCUCCAUAGCGUAGCUGGAUAAUGUUAGACUGUUCCAAGGCUUCUGAUAGGUCUGAUUGUAACUGGUCCACCUGUUUUAUAUUAUAUGAAACCACCUUUUAUGUUUUUCAUUUCCUAAUGCCACUGCUUGAUCUCCCUAGUAGUAAGUAAACUGGAUUUAAGAAUCUACUCGGACAGUGUGGUCCCCCUGUGCACUACACUUCAUUGAAGAUAAUGCAGCUCUGAAUUAUAAAUAAAACUUUCGUUUAACUAAACACAGUGUGUAAAUUUCACAUAUGGGUCUGUACAGUGCAGUGGGAGUCUUAUUUCUACCUCAGCAACAGCAACAAAAAAAUAAAUAAGAAAUAACGCAACUAAACAAGAUAUAACGUAGAAGACCGUACAAUCCAAAAUGGCCUCCCUGUUAUUUAAUACUGCUUAAAAUGCAGAUGUUUAUAACCACUUUCAGCUGUAUUCUUACAAGAUGAUGCAGCAAUUUUCAAUGUCUAUUUGCAUCUGUGGGGGACUAUUAUUAUGCCUCAUUUGUUUUGAACACUGCCGUGCUAUAGAACACACUUCAAAUAGGUCUUGGUCGUGCCAUAUACAAACACACUUGUAAGUCAGGGAGGCAAACGCUCUUGUUCUAAAAAGCGUACCCAUGGGUAAUGAACGUCUAUUGCGUAGUUCAUUUCAGUGCAAGUUCUACCGGCACCAAGUGAUUUUCUGUUUUUAAUUAUUUUUUGGAACAGAAUGCCUGGGUUUUCUUUUUUAUAUAAAUUUCAUCAGGGAUAGAAAUAAGACUCCUGUUGGAGAGCGGUUGGAUACAUUUUCAACUUUAUAACCUGAGCUGAAGUGUUCCAGAUAAAUGCAGUAGUGCAUAUUAAAAAAAAAAACAUUUGGACCCUUGUUUUCAGUUUGAUUCUGUGAUGUUAGAGUGUGCCGUGGCAGACUCAUGUAUGUGAAUUUCUUCACAUGUUCACUAAGCUCACAGUUUUCAUUUUGUUUGUACAGGUAUGGUGAACAGUGCUGAUUUUCUUUCAAAUGAAUUAAAUCUGAUCUGUUCACAGGCGUUACUGGAGCCUGGCAGGACAUUUACAGGCUCUGUUAUUUGCUUGUUUGUCUGCUGUUUGUAAAUGUUAUACA